GUGCUCACGUCAUGCCGUGCCUUCCUGUUGACCGCGCGCAUCCCCACCAAGCUCGAGUUAACCUUCAGCUACUUGGAGAUUCAAGGUGUUAUUUGCAACAAGCCUGCUCAGAUGGUCAUGGAGACGGAGAAGUGCACCAUCUCCCUGAAGAUGGCGUCGCCGGAGGACGUGAGCGAGGUGCUGGCGCACGUGGGCACCUGCCUACGGAGGAUAUUCCCCGGCCUCUCUCCAGUGAGAAUCAUGAAGAAGGUGUGCAUGGAGCCAGCCGAGCGCCUGGCCAGUCUCCAGGCGCUGUGGGACAGCCAGACGGUGGCGGAGCAGGGCCCCUGCGGUGGAUUUUCUCAGAUGUACGCCUGUGUUUGUGACUGGCUUGGGUUUGCGUACAGGGAAGAAGUGCAGUGGGAUGUGGACACGAUCUAUCUGACGCAAGACACCAGGGAACUGAAUAUCCAGGACUUCAGUCAUCUCGACCACAGAGACCUAAUACCCAUCGUUGCCGCUCUGGAGUACAACCAGUGGUUCACCAAGCUGUCCUCCAGGGAUCUGAAACUCUCCGCUGAUGUCUGCGAACAGAUCUUGAGGGUGGUGAGCAGAUCCAAUCGACUGGAAGAAUUGGUGUUGGAAAAUGCUGGACUUAGAACAGAUUUUGCACAGAAACUGGCCAGUGCUCUAGCGCAUAAUCCCAACUCAGGACUGCACACGAUUAACCUUGCUGGCAACCCCCUGGAGGACAGAGGUGUGUCCUCUUUAAGUAUUCAAUUUGCCAAACUCCCCAAGGGAUUAAAGCAUUUAAAUUUAUCUAAGACCUCAUUAUCACCUAAAGGGGUGAACAGCCUUUGCCAGUCACUCAGUGCCAACCCCUCGACGGCCUCCAGCCUCAGCCAUCUCGACCUCUCAGGGAACGUCCUGCGCGGAGACGACCUCUCGCACAUGUAUAAUUUUUUGGCUCAGCCAAAUGCCAUCACUCAUCUGGACUUAUCCAAUACGGAAUGUUCUCUGGACAUGGUCUGUGGAGCUCUUCUCCGUGGAUGCCUUCAAUAUUUAGCUGUCCUCAAUCUCUCCAGAGCCGUCUUCUCUCACCGGAAAGGAAAAGAAGUGCCCCCCUCAUUCAAGCAGUUUUUCAGUAGCUCUCUGGCUUUGGUGCAGAUCAACCUCUCUGGCACCAAAUUGUCUCCUGAGCCCUUAAAAGCGCUGUUGUUGGGCCUGGCUUGUAAUCACAGCCUGAAAGGGGUUUCUCUGGAUCUCAGCAAUUGCGAGCUGAGGUCAGGAGGUGCUCAGGUCUUAGAGGGCUGCAUUGCUGAAAUCCACAAUAUCACCAGCUUAGACAUCUCUGACAAUGGUCUAGAAUCUGACCUAUCUACCUUGAUAGUGUGGCUCAGUAAAAACAGAUCAAUACAACACCUGGCCUUAGGCAAAAAUUUUAAUAAUAUGAAAUCCAAAAAUCUGACACCUGUAUUGGACAACUUAGUACAGAUGAUUCAAGAUGAAGAAUCACCUCUGCAGUCCUUGUCCUUGGCCGACUCGAAACUCAAGACCGAGGUCAGCAUUGUCAUCAAUGCCCUGGGCAGCAACACCUCCCUGACCAAAGUGGACAUCAGUGGGAAUGCAAUGGGAGACAUGGGGGCGAAGAUGCUGGCGAAAGCCCUGCAGAUCAACACCAAGCUCAGGACUGUCAUCUGGGACAAGAACAACAUCAGUGCACAAGGCUUUCAAGAUAUAGCUGUUGCUAUGGAAAAGAACUACACACUGAGGUUUAUGCCCAUCCCAUGUGCCGACGCUUCUCAAGCCCUGAAAGCAAACCCUGAAAAGACAGAAGAAGCUCUGCAGAAG